AUGGAAUCACUGGAUGAUAAUAAGAAGGUCACUUCAACCGUACGAUUUUUAGCAAACGGAAAAACUAAUAACAAUACAAAUGUCAAACAUACCAAUGGUCAUAAUAAUUUGGAAAAUUCGGAAAUGUCAAUGGUACCUUCAUUUGAAUCAGCAAGCACAAGUUUGAUCAGUGAAUUUCAGCUACCGAAAUUAUCAUUUCAACAACAACAAAAGCAACAACAACAACCGCAAUAUGAACCAACAAAAACCGAUUUUACAUUUACAGAUCAUAAACGAUAUUCUAAAAAUUUUCAUGAAGAUCAUCAUAUAAAAAUUGAUGAUUUAUUGUCAUCACAAUCGGAUAUUUUAUCAAAUGUUCGAUCACGAAGUGAAAGUCGAAGUAUACUUGAAAAAAGUCCUGUAUUUCCGGUAUUAUCAAUGCCAAAAAAGGCAUAUUCAGUUGGUGCAAUGAAUCAUUCCGAUCCGGAAUAUCUUAUGGAAGCACUGGAAACGUUAGCUGAUACACAACCACGUGUUGCACGUUCAAUUCCAAAACAUGCCAUCAUUGAUACCAGUAAUUUUGUUGCACGUUCGCUUGAUAAUUGUCUUUUUGAUGCGACAGUAUACGAUGCAAUGCUUCAUGAUUCUCUUAAGGUUUGUGAAAUGCUUCAAAAUCAUUUGAAUCAAUGUAUUGUCACAGCUCGUACAAAUUGUUCCAAUGGAUUUUUGGAGGUAUUAACGGAAGAAAGUGAAGAAAACAUGGAAACAACGUGUAAUAAAAAUGAACUUGACAAUAUAACGUAUCAUUCUACUACUAAUAAUAAUAUAUUAGUAUCAUCUAAUAAUAAUAAUAAUGAAACACUUAAUAUUACGGUUAAACCUAACGAAUAA